AUGGAUAGAAGUGAGAGCGAAGUGCGUUGGGUGCAAACCUUGAAAGAAUUUCUCAAGGAGAGCAGAUUAGUGUGUCAAGAAAGUUAUGCGAAGGGUGUAGAAAGGAGCGAAGACCGUUGUCAGAAAUAUUACUACAUCGGCACCACAAUGAUGGGAUCAAUAGUAUGUGAGAGGUGUAUCAUAGGAGCAAAGAAUGGCAACCUCAGGUGGGUCGUCAAGAGGAGCAAGGCCGACGUGGAGCUCAUCAAGCUCGACCUCAGAAUCGCUCUCAGACGAAGAUGCCUCCCCCGCGCCCUCCCUCUCAUCUUCGUCGGCAGACUCGAUGUCGACAACUCGUCUAACAAAGCAUUGCCAACAUCGGGUGCAGCAUCUCCCGCAAUUACGGUAGAGGCUGUGCUGUCGAAGAGGAGUGGUCUAGCCAAGCCAUCUUCGUGGAAGAUAUACAGUUCAUUUGGAUCCUGA